ACAAUAGAGAUGGCGUCCCUCAACGCCCGACGCGUGACUCUGUCAGACGCAUCGCUUUUGCAGCGGAACGGCGCGAUCGAGAAGUUGCAACAAAAGGAAUAAGGAACCCUUAGUACACGACGCCCUGAGGUAUUAUGAGCCGUAUGCGUAUAGUCGACCUCAUGAAAUGCAGUAUUGCUGUUCGUUCAAUUGAUACCUGAGCCACACCCCAAAGCUGACCGUAAGGUCUGAAAGGAAUCCUGGGCCAGGGAGAGCAAAAUGAGGAUUGAGACCGUCUGCCUGGCACUGCUCGGCGUGCAAUUGACACGAGCCCAGCAAGAAGGACCCAGCCAAGCGGAUCCACCAGCACCAAGCUCCUCGAUAUACACGCUGUUGCAUCGAGUGGUGAGCCCCAAAGCGCAAGGUUCAGCAUGGUUCCCUCGUGCAAAGCUCGAAAUCAAGCAUUACGACAGGUCAGCAGCGCCGAAGGGCGAUAGCAGUCUCAGUCGCGGGUACGCGCAUGAACCCCAGUCCGCACCCGCGUUGCAAGCUGCGCCGACUUAUGUGCAUCAUCUCGAAAAUCUCAUCAGCCAGUCGGAAUGGGACGUUUUAAUCAAGGAGAAUGAAUCCACUGAUGGUACCCUCAGCUGGUAUCAGGUCACACUUGUGGAAGGGGAACCAUCGGCAGCGAAGAAACCGGUCGCGGGCAGCGAAGGGCCCAUUGCAGCAGCGAAACUCUGCCAGUUGAGCACACCACGAGCGCAUGCACUGACAGUGAACCUAUCACCAACGUUGCCGCCGCUCUUAUCCAAAGCCGAGUCGCUAACACUCAAGCCAUACGCGAUCAAGUACGCCGUGCCUGAUCUUAUGCUCGAUGCGAAUGGCUGCCCUUUCGCUUCUGAGGCGGGUACGUAUGCAGUGGAACGAGCAGAGGAUAGUCUGCACGUGCGAAUCUCUACGCCCCAAAAGCCACCAGUGUGAGUGUGGUAUGCCUGCCUGACUCAUCCUUUCCUCCACCUCGAUGCUUUGGC